GGUUGGUGAUAGUGAAAAUACAAUAGAUCAUUUUUUUAAAUUAACAUAAUUUGUGAAAUUAUAUAGAUUUGUAUUGUACAUGUCGGGUUAAAAUGAGGGAUACACUUGGGUGUUUGUUGCUGUACGUGAAAUGACCUAAAUUGCGUCACCUUUUUGGGGUCCCGUGACGUCUUGCUCACACCUCCUUCGCGUGCCUCCUUGAUGUCGUUAGAUUCCAGUCAACUCAGCACCGCUCAUUCGGGCAAAACAGACUUGGUUUGUUAUCCAACUUCGCACCAUAUCUUAUUUUGGGUGAAUACAGUUAGCUACAUACUACCACCAAUAAUGACUACCAACGGUAAUGACAGGACAACUCAAUGGAAAACAACAAUUAUAGUCAGCACAUCACUUCAGAAUCAUGACACAUCCAGGAUGCUUCUUGCACAGCACCAUCGGAUCCGAUUCUCAGACGCUGUCAAGUCGGGAUCCAUUGUUUUCCCGCAGUCAGGUAUUGCAUUCCUCAUAAUAAACCCACAAGAACUACCAGAGAACCUUGAGGAAGCAGGACUGUUUGACAAGAUCAAGAAGUUUGUGACGGUUCACCGCAAUAGUUUCCUUCUCCUGCAAGCCCCUUUUUAUGGGAAGAAGGAACUGGACAUCAUGUCAGUGAUACAGCACAGAUUCCUUGGCAGCAAUCUCAGAGUUCUACCUGUACGUAACAACACAGAGAUAGUCAAGGGGAUGCUGACUAUAGCCAAAGCCACCAGUAAGCCCCAUGUUGACAGCAUGCGGGAUCGGAUGUCUCUGGCCAGGGCCCACAUUAUAGAGAGCAGCUCUGUCUGGGAGAUGCUCAGGGACAUUAAGCUGGGGUGA